AUGUUUAUGGUUUCAUGUGAAAAAUGAGGAAUAUUAUUGUACCUGCUGCUGUUAAGUAGCACGCAACGGCGUUUCUGUAGGGCGCACGCACUGCGCCACGCGAGGUUUUAACCUGCGUCUGACUAGCGGCUGUGUUUCCUCCGUCUCAACUGUAGCAACAUAGCUAGCGGUGUUAGCACCAGUGCUAAGCACAAGUUCCAUUCAUUCGCUGUUUAGUCAGUCACAGCUAACGCAGCCAAGUUGUCAGUGCAGAUUCUGGCCUCAGUGACCCAACAUGUAUCGUCCCAAACCGACGCUGAAGGACCGACAGCACCUGUACAGGCUCAUCAUCAGCCAGCUGCUCUACGAUGGAUACACCAACAUCGCCAACAGUCUCAUCAACGAGGUCAAACCUCCGAGUGUAGUGUCGCCCUCUGAGCAGCUGAUGCAGCUUGCAAAGAUAGGGAUGGAGAACGACGACAGUGCAGUUCAGUAUGCCAUUGGGCGCUCGGAUACAGUAGCACCUGGAGUUGGUAUUGAUCUGGAAUUCGAUGCGGACGUCCAGACAAUGUCUCCAGAGGCAUCAGAGUAUGAGACCUGCUAUGUCACUUCUCAUAAGGGUCCUUGCCGCGUCGCCACCUACAGCCGCGAUGGCCAGCUGAUUGCCACCGGCUCUGCUGAUGCCUCCAUCAAGAUCCUAGACACCGAGCGCAUGCUGGCCAAGAGUGCCAUGCCCAUUGAGGUGAUGAUGAAUGAGACGGCUCAGCAAAACAUGGAGAAUCACCCUGUGAUCCGGACUCUGUACGACCACGUUGAUGAAGUAACCUGUCUUGCCUUCCAUCCGACUGAACAGCUUCUUGCUUCUGGUUCAAGAGAUUACACCCUCAAACUGUUUGACUACUCAAAGCCUUCAGCAAAAAGAGCGUUUAAAUAUAUACAGGAAGCAGAAAUGUUGCGUUCGAUCUCCUUCCACCCAUCAGGUGACUUCCUUCUGGUGGGAACGCAGCAUCCCACUCUUCGCCUCUACGAUGUCAACACCUUCCAGUGCUUCGUGUCCUGCAACCCACUGGACCAGCACACGGACACCAUAAGCGGCGUCAGCUACAACCCCACGGCCAACAGCUACGUCACCUGCAGCAAGGACGGCAGCAUCAAGCUGUGGGAUGGAGUCUCCAAUCGCUGUGUGAUCACCUUCGACAAAGCCCAUGAUGGCGCUGAGGUCUGCUCCGCCAUCUUCUCCAAGAACUCCAAAUACAUCCUGUCAAGUGGCAAAGACUCCGUGGUGAAGCUCUGGGAGAUUUCCACAGGCCGGACGCUGGUCAAGUACACAGGUGCAGGUUUGAGCGGCCGUCAGAUGCAUCGCACCCAGGGCGUGUUCAACCACACGGAGGACUAUGUGUUGCUGCCGGACGAACGCACCAUCAGCCUGUGCUGCUGGGACUCUCGCACGGCCGAGAGGAAAAACCUGCUGUCUCUGGGACACAACAACAUUGUGCGCUGCAUCGUCCACUCGCCCACCAACCCCGGCUUCAUGACCUGCAGCGAUGACUUCAGGGCCCGCUUCUGGUACCGCCGCACCACCACGGACUGAUUCGCAUCUAGGUUCCAAGUUUCGUCUUCUGCAGGAUUUCGUGACCUCGCCGAUCUCGUCACUUGCUCCUGAUCGGUGGUGUCUUUUCAUUUUAAUUUCAUUUGAAUCUGUGAAGUGGACUUUGAGGGACAUUACAUCAGAGUUGUCAAUGUCACGUCAUCUUAAUCAAGUCAGGGGCAGGAUGUACACUCAGAGACUUUGUUUUUAGGGAGUUCUAUACUGAAAACAGUCACUUUUGAAAAAACCCACUUGAUUUGAUGAAUUCAGACUUCACAUAGACUUUUGAAUAUAUUUUAGUUCAGAAUCACGACUGCAGAUGUCGUCCCCACUGACCUCCACUGAAAGUGCAUUAGGAAGUGAACGCAAGAUGAUGGUGAAUGAUUACAGCAUGUUAAACCUGUUUCAGUGUCCAUACUGGACCUGACAGUCGUUUUUAUGUCAGGGUUGAGAAAAUGAAUGGAAACGAAAAGUCUGACCUUUCACUACUUGGAAACUUUAUGUUUAACACUGAGAUCUCAAAUGUCUGUUUUAUGUAGUGAUUGACCACAGAGGAGAAGUGGCUGUUGUCUUUUCCACUUUUAUACUUUGUCAAUAGCCUUGGUUGUAAUUUGGAUUUUUAUUAAACUAUUAAAAGAAA